GUGAACUUACAUGCAGAAGUUUUGGGGAGAGGAAUGCAGUCGCUAAAUCGCCAGCGUUGAACACCGGGAACUGAACACUUCUCGAUAAUUCGCUUGACGCUUGAGGCAUAAUGGACCACAACAGUGCUCUGGAGGUGGAGGUCCUCAAGCGAGCCGCCGUUGGUGGCUCGCUCAGGCAAGUGGCUUCAUCCAGUCUCAGCGUGGACGAACUGAGGAAAUGGCUGGUCGACGCGCAGUCGAGUAAUAGUGGCACUCGUCCAUCCGAGCCUGCCUGCCCGUUCGAGGAGCUGGAGCAGCGCUAUCAGCUGCGUGACGUGUGGGGCCACAACACCACACCCAGCAUGCAGACGCUGGAGUGUAUCCAGCAGGUGAAGGCGGCGCUGGUGGCUGGCGGCGGCGAGGAGGACUCCAUCAGCGGCCGCACCUUUGCGCUGCUGUCCCUGCUCAGUGUGGCAGCGGCGCUGGCCGUCGUGCUGGUGUGGGAGCUGUACCUACGGCCCGCGCAGCUGCUGCCCGUGCAGUAGCAUCUGUGCGGCGUGGCCUGCACGCCAGCGAUCGGGGCGAUGUGGAAUGUAGCCCGGCAGUCAGCAUGGACCGAGCGCCGCUCGAUCGGACUGCAAGCGCCGUGGCUGCGGCCCAGACGAGACCCCGAGCAUGCGCUUGUCGGGGCUUGCCCGGUUUGCGAUGCUGACCAGGUGGUCAGGCGGGCAGUGCCAGCGAAAAGCUGCGCGCGCGUGCAACUGGGGUUGCGAGCGAACAUGUACGCCGCGCCAUGCCUGGGCGCGAGGAGUGGCGGCGCACAGAGCACGAGGCGACACAUCCAACGUGUGGUGCACACAUUGUUUGCGAGCCGUCUGCAAACCUCAUUGCUUCGGGUCCUUCUGCUGCCAUGCAUGCAGCUUAGGAAUCAGGCAUGCUACUUGUAAACUGCUGCCGGGGAGUGGCUUCAUGCCUUGUCAGGUCUUUAUCGUCUUUUAUUCUGGGAACCGCUACGUUGGCUCUGGAGUUGACCAUCGAUUGAACCUGGGGCUGUGCUUGGCUGCAGGCACUACUAGCUAGUGCAUGUUUGCAAUAUUGAACACAUGUUUCCGCAUGCAGCGGAACAUGCUUCCGGUUAUGGUUUAGAUGUGGCGUGCCGUUGUUUGCCGAUGCGUGGUCGGCGUCAGGGACGACGUGCGGCCCUAUGUGCAGGCGUGACUGCAGGGCUCCGUCGCUCCAUUUUGCGCGCCAUACUGAAGCCAGUCGCGUUUCUGGCCAUGUGUGGGGUUUGUGCAUUUUGUUUGUGCACUUUGUUUGCGUUGUGUGCUAGCGUUUAUGUGGCGCAAUCGUGUUAGUAACAGCUGUGCCAAUCGUGUGUCCGGCCGUGCGUUCUGUGCGUUCCGGCAUAUUUCGUGCAUGUUUGUGCCUAUUUUAUAUAUAGCUUGCGUGUAUUUAUGCAGAAACCCUUCGUCCUCCAUGUCACGCGUCUGGUCAGGUUCAUGUCGGUUUACGGCGGGACGCUGGAAGCAUCAACAAGGCAUGGCGUGUGGGAACCCAAGGUUUGCUCGAAUGUGUGCAAGGAGCAUGUGCGAGACGUCAUAUGCUUACAGGCGUUGCACGACGAGCAGGCUUAAGAAGCGUCACAAGCGCGUCACCGAAUCCUGGCCCAGGCGGGCAUAGCGACUCAUUGGCACGUACUUAAUCGCAUACCCACCCCAACCGUGAAACACAAAGCUGAAGGGAUCAUGCAUGGCAAAGCGAGUGCAAGCCCCUUUCGCGGGCAUCGUGCAAUUCCCCGUUUCUGGGGGUGAACUACCUUACGUACGCAAGGAUGCCUUGCAACUUGAAGCGCACUGCAUUUACGGGCUUUGUUCCCGAUAGUAAGAUUUGUGUGUGUACAGGGUGCAAUUCAAACAUAGAGGCGCGAACAUGGCGAGCUGCAGAGAUUGAGCGGACCCAGGCACUGCCUGGCACGGGUGGGUCCUUGUGGAACCGGCAAUUGACGCCGUGGGGAGUGACGCUGUUCAGCAUGCCGGAGCGUGAACUGCUUGGGGCUUGUUUGUUUGUGCGAAGCCAUGGGUGCAGCGCACCUCCUGCAGCACAUUGGGCUUACCGGUUGCCAAGCUAAGUUGGGUCAUCGCCUCAUCGGCCGAGGACCUGAGUUGGAGUUGAAGCGGCUGAGAGAAACACGAGUCGAUGUUUGCGGGGGUGGGGCAUGUGUGCUGGCGCUUGAUUGCUUGAUGCUGGCGCGGAUGCGGGCGCGUGGGCCGUCAUUGGCCUUUUUGUCUUGUCUAUCCGGGCGCUAUCUGUCUUGGGGCUGCGUGUUUCAGCCUGCCCGCACGCGCAGUUCCUCGAAGUGGUGGAUGGCUUGGGAUGGCGGGCACGGGACCAGUGCGUGUGGCAGCUGGAAGGACCUGAGAGUGAGGGAAAGGAUGGGUUACAGACUGUACUCUUUCACUUGGGCGUACUCGAGAAGUGUGUUAAUACAGCUUUGGAGUCUGGCACGUUGCGGUAGGGUGGACUGGCGGUGCAAGCAAUCUGGCUCGGUGGGUGAGAUAUUGACAACGUGAACGAGGCGAGGGAGAGGCUGUGGAGACGUCGCAAACUGUGUGAUAUCGCGAAUUUAAUUGCAUAUAUUUCCAUUUGCUCCUAGUCGCAUUUGCAUAAUGGCAGUCGGAGCUUGUUUCUUUCAUGUGGUUUCCCCGGUUGGGUGUGCUGUGUACAGGCACAGCGAUGCAGUGGCGUCGCGGGCAGGCGGGGCAGCUGCUGCCCCCGUGCAUGGCCGUGUGUCUUGGUGCCCAAGGAGAUGAAAAAGGCGUUGCAAGGUGGGGCCCUUAAUGUCCGGCUGCAUGCGCCACUAAGCAACUUGCGACUGGACCGCCAGAAUGUAUGCAUCCUUGCAUCCUGGGAUGUUGCAGGGACGCAUACACACCAGUUUCCCCUGCUCAAGUUACCAGACAAGCAGAUGAAUGCAAAAGCAAUAUGUAAUAAUGAAUGCAC